UUUUAAAAGUACGUUAACUAGUGUUAACUCUAUGCAUUUAUGUAAAUUCUUUAACGCUAACGUGGAAGUUGUUGUGGAAAAAGGCGACCUGAAAAUUUAGCAGCACCUGUGAAAAAUCAAGAAGCAGCAGCAAAAAGCAGUCGUCAGUGGGGCAGCCGCAGCAUGCCGUACGAAUCGAUGCACCAUCAUCAGUCGGCGGCCGCUGCCGUUGCCGCCGGCGUAGCGCCAAAUAGUAUGCUGGACUCGCUGAGUUUGCAGCUACGCGAUGCGGAAAUGCGACGCACAGAAAUCGAGCGAGCGCAUCAGGAAACUCUGGCACAAAUACGCAAUUUAAGCCAAAGUGCGCGUCCCGACACCGAGGCCGUCGAGAAUCUGCAGUCGCGCGCCCGUGAGCUGGAAAAAAAGGUGGCGCUGGAGAAUGUGCACUGCGAGGAGCUGCAAAUUGAGCUAACCGCUGCGCUUAAGGCCAAAGCAAAUCGCUCAGCUGGCAGUAAUAUGGGCCAUAUUCCUAAUGCGACAUCAGCAAUAUCUUCAGCAUCAGCAGCAUCAGCGGCCUCGGCAGCGGCAUUGGCUGCCAGCAUGGGCGCCAGCAUACCAACCUCGGCGAGCAGCUCCACCGUAACAUGGGCACCGACAAUCAGUCAGCAGGACCAAGGCACUGAGAUUGAUAUCAUUAUGGCCAAGAUUGAACAGGAUAAUCGCGUCUUAGCCGAGUUGGAGCAGCCGCGCACCUCGGCCAGCGCCAGCAUGUCCCAAUUGCCGCACAGUUCCAUGAUGAGCCAGAAUAGCGAAUUUAGAAGCAUAUCAAAGAGCGAACUUGAGGACGAACUGAAUCGUUAUAAGCGAGCCGUGCUAGGUGGAGCCUCUGGCGGCGGCGUCUCGGCUCUGUCGUCCGGCUACUCAAGCCUGCCGCACUCAUUGGCCUCCACACUGGCCAAUGGUGCCAGCAACAGCUUGAGCGGCACCAGCGUUUGCUCCCAGAGCGCUGCAGCGGCUGCUCAUGCCGCUGCCAUUGCUGGCGCUGGUGGUGGCGGUCUCUCAUCCAUAUCAACGCUGAUGCCCAACUCAAUCAGCGGCAUAUCCUCCAGUCUGAGCAGUCAUGCCAUACAAUCACUGAACGCCGCGGGCUAUGGAGGCGGCGGCGGCGGCAUGGGUCAGAGCUCCGUUGAGAAGCUGCUGAGUGGAACAAGUGGAAUGUCUGGCAUUCCACCAUUGCCGGUAAAUAUGCACACGAUGAAGGCUAUGCCAACGGCAUUAAGUCAGCGUGGAACAAUACAACUGUACAAUUUACAGAGCACAACCAUGCCGCUCCUGUCACUGAACUCGCAUAACUUGCCGCCUGGCGGCUCCACUAGCUACUCGGCCUUGGGUCUGAGUGGCGGCGGCGGCGUUGGCGUCGGCUCCUCGCUGGGCCAUCCCACCAUGGGCAAUAUGAAUAUGCUGGAUACGAGCGCGUUGCUGGGUCUGGGACCAGCUGGCGCUGGCAUUACGGGCGCCACUUCGCUGUAUGGCUUGAGCGCAGGCGCUGCUGGCGCUUUGGGUAGUUCGUAUGGGCCGCCGUUUAUGGAUGCUGCCUCGAGUGCUUCGUAUCCGUUUACAUCCGCUGCGCUGCGUCAGGCGUCGAAGAUGAAGAUGCUGGACGAGAUUGAUAUACCACUGGCACGUUACGGCAAUCGCAGCUCGCCCUGCUCACCCAUUCCGAUGCAGCACAGCAGCUGGGGUCUGGACGAGUUCACCGAUGGCCUUGGCGCUGCCAUGAUGCACAAUCGCAGCGGCUUAGCGCUGGGCGCACUCGAAUUGGAUAAUUUUGUGGCACUUGCAGCACGCAAUCAUGGCCUGAAUGGCGCCAGCGAACCGCAGGUGGACAUGUUGGAUAUACCAGGCAAAGGACGCUGCUGCGUGUUCAUAGCACGUUUUCCCUACGAUCCGCCAGAAGAGGCUGAGGGUGAGCUGUCGCUGUGUGCCGGCGACUAUUUGCUGGUGUGGACCAGCGGCGAGCCACAGGGUGGCUAUCUGGAUGCGGAGCUACUGGACGGGCGACGCGGCCUGGUGCCCGCUUCCUUUGUGCAGCGACUUGUGGGCGAUGAUCUGCUGGAAUUCCAUCAAGCGGUGCUUUCGACCUUGCGGGACGCCGAAGAUGGUUCCAUGCAGUGCGACACAACGUCGCUGCCUUCCUUGCCGCCGCACAACCCAUUGCUCACACACACGCACGAGGAUCUGGCACGUUUGAGUGAGACGCACACCGAUCUGGAGCACGAUCAGGAUGAUAUUAGCGACAAUGUUCCAGCUCCUAAGCACUUGACGCUGGAACGUCAGCUGAACAAGAGCGUGCUCAUUGGCUGGUCACCGCCAGAGCCCGUGGGCUAUAAUCUCAUCGACAGCUAUCAUGUCUAUGUGGAUGGCGUGCUCAAGGUCACUGUGAAGGCCAACGAACGCACACGCGCUCUGAUCGAGGGCGUCGACUCCACGCGGCCGCAUCGCAUUAGCGUGCGCAGCGUUACACAGACUCGUCAGACUUCUAGGGACGCCGCCUGCACCAUGAUCAUCGGGCGAGACACCUCGCAUUUGGGGCCCUCAGCGGUGCGCGCCUCGCACAUAACGUGUUCCUCGGCGGUCAUCUCAUGGCUGCCGGCCAACUCCAACCACCAGCAUGUGGUGUGUGUGAAUAAUGUGGAGGUGCGCACCGUCAAGCCGGGCAUGUAUAGGCAUACGAUUACAGGUCUCGCGCCCAGCACUCAAUAUCGGGUGACUGUGCGCGCCAAGCAUUUGCGCGCGGUCGGCCAGCAUACGCCGCAGACGCCGGGCAGGCCGGGGCAGGAGGAGGCGCCUGGCGCUUAUGCCGAUUUCCGCACACUGACCAAGGGUCUGCCCGAUCCGCCGCAGGAGAUCCAGCUUGAGGCUGGCCCUCAAGAUGGUACCAUUCUGGUGACAUGGCAGCCGGUUAACAGACCCACCGCAACGGGGCCUGUAACCGGCUAUGCUGUGUACGCCGAUGGUAAAAAGGUAACCGACAUUAAUUCGCCCACCGGCGAUCAUGCACUCAUCGACAUUGGCAAGCUGGGCGUCUUCAAUCCUCGCGCCGUCACCAUACGCACCAAAUCACGCGAUUCACAGUCGGCGGACAGCGCGCCCAUAUUGAUACCAAACACCGUGCGCAAUGCUGUCGCUCGCCGGGGACCAAAUCAGAUGGUGGGCAUGGGUCAGCAAAUGCAGCAGCAGGGACCGCACGGCAUGCCCAACAACCAGCAGCAGCAAAUGCAAAUGCAGGGCAUGCAGGGCCAGCAGCAUGGGCAGCAUAUGAUGGGACAAGAUCAAUCGCAAUACGAUCCCAAUCAAAUGCAACAGCAGCAGGGCAUGCAGCCGGGCCAACAGCCCGGUCCCAACCAGCCAGGACAUCAGGCCGACGGAAGCUCUGGUUUGUUAGGUGGCCUGCUCGGAGGCCUCUUCUCGAAACCCACACAGACUCAAGUGCAGCAGAAUGGCUAUAAUCAGCCGGGCGCCACGCAGCGUGGCAUGGUGCCGGGUCGACCACCCGUGCCGGGACAGCAACAGCAGCAACAACAGCAGCCGUAUGGAGCGCAGGGUCCACGUUUUCGAGGUCCAGUGCCAGCCCAAAUGCAGGGCCAGAUGCAAGGACAAAUGCAGGGACAAGUGCAAGGACAAAUGCAGGGUCAAAUGCCGGGACCACGCGGCCAACUGCAGCAGCAGCAACAACAACAGCAGCAGAUGCAGCAGCAGCAACAGGGUCACAUGUUGCCCGGUCAACAGCAGCAGCAAGGUCAAAUGACACAGCAGCAGCAACAGCAACAACAGCAGCAACAGCAACAACAAGGCGCACAGAAGAAGCCACGUUACUUUGUGGCCAUGUUUGACUAUGAUCCAUCCACAAUGAGUCCCAAUCCGGAUGGCUGCGAUGAAGAGCUGCCGUUCCAAGAGGGUGAUACGAUCAAGGUGUUUGGUGAUAAGGAUGCGGAUGGCUUUUACUGGGGCGAGCUGCGCGGACGUCGCGGCUACGUGCCACACAAUAUGGUCAGCGAGGUGGAGGACACCGCCGCACAGAUUACAGGCGGCGGUCAGAUGGGCGCACAGACCGGCGGCACAGCUCAAGUGAUGCCCGGUCAGGGUGCUCCGCAGCAGAGCAUGCGCAAUGUAAGUCGCGAUCGCUGGGGCGACAUCUAUGCCAACAUGCCGGUGAAGCGCAUGAUAGCGCUCUACGACUACGAUCCGCAGGAGCUUAGUCCCAAUGUGGACGCCGAGCUGGCAUUGCAGCAAGUGGAGUUGUGCUUUAAGACGGGCGAGAUCAUACUCGUUUAUGGUGAUAUGGAUGAAGAUGGUUUCUACAUGGGCGAGCUGGAUGGCGUGCGUGGGUUGGUGCCAUCCAAUUUCCUUGCCGAUGCGCCCGAUCAGUAUAACAAUCAGGCAGCCGGCGGCGUUGCUGGUCGUGGUGGCGCCACCCAGCGGGGCAGGGGUCAGGGACCUGGCGCUCGAGGACCUCCGCCGCCGCCAAGGGAUAAUAUGAUGCCUGGCGGGGCUGGGCAACGUGGUGCUGUCGGCAAAAAUGCUCGCCCUGCUUCCCCUACACUGUUAGACAACACGGGCCACCCUGCCCCCGAUCACCAAACGCAGAUGAUCGGCCGCGUUGGUAAUAUGGGCCAGCAGCAGCAGCUACAACAACAACAACAGCAGUACGGUCAGCAACAGACGCAAAUGGGACAGCAGCAACAGAACAACAUGGGUAUGGGACAACAAGGAAUGAUGGGCAUGGGUCAGCAGUCAAUGGGCGGCAUGAUGGGACAAACACCGCAGCAGCAGCAACAACAACAGCAGCAAAUGGGCAUGGGUGGAAUGGGACAAAUGGGACAGAUGGGACAAAUGGGUAUGGGUCAGCAGCAGCAAGUGCCUGUGACGACGCAGGCGCCAACGGGCGGCCUCUUUUCCGGCGCGACUAGCCUGCUCUCUGGUGCUACUUCGGCUGCCACCGGUGGUCUAUUUGGGUCGAAGCAACCGCCCAAGACGGAUCCAAUGCAACCACCCGGUGGUGUGCAGCCAACGCAGCAACAAGCAAACGCCUAUGGUGCCCCGCAGAUGCAACAGACCGGCAUGCAACAGCCGGGCAUGCAACAGCCUGGCAUGCAACAGCCAGGCAUGCAACAGCAACAACAACAACCAGGCAUGCAACAGCCCGGCAUGCAACAGCCUGGCAUGCAGCAACAACAACAAGUGCCACCGCAAGCUCAGCCACCGCCACAGGGGCCGGGCGCCGGUCUGCUGGGAGGUCUUAAGGGCAUUGCAGCAGCGGCGCCCGGCGGCGAUGUUCUAUCGAAAGGCAAAGAUCUAUUUGGCAAAUUUGGGUUUGGCUUUGGCAAAUAACCCCGGUCAUUCCAUAGGGUCCUGUUAUAUUAUGCGUAGAUUAGAACUAUUAUUAUGAUUAUGAUUACGGUUAUGAUUAUGAUUAUGAUUAUUGCUAU